AUGGAGGAGCCGCUGCUGGCCGCCCCCAUCAACCCCAACAACUUCCCGGCCAAGCUGUGGCGGCUGGUGAACAGCCCGCGGUUCCGCUCCAUCCGCUGGGACGCCCGCGGCGAGGGGCUCCUCAUCGACCAGCCGCUCUUCGAGGCCGAGCUGCUGGGCGCGGCGCCGGCCCACAGCGCGGGGCCGGGCGGCGACGGGGCGGCGGCGGCGGGGGGCGCCGCCGAGCUCUUCAAGACCACCAACUUCACCAGCUUCAUCCGCCAGCUCAACCUCUACGGCUUCCGCAAGGUGGUGCCGGGGCCGGCGGGCGGCGGCGGCGCGGGGCCCCUGCACCACUUCCACAGCCCGCACUUCCGCCGCGACCGGCCCGACCUCCUCGUCCACCUCAAGCGCCUCACCAGCGCCAACAAGGCGAAGCUGGCGGCCGGCCUGGAGGUGGCCAGCCGCCCGCCCAACCGCUUCCAGCGGCUGCUCAGCACCUCGCUGCGCGGGGGCCCGCUGCUGCCGCCCUCGAUGCCCGGCAAGGCCGACAAGCCCGGACUGCUGACUGUAGGACAGUUUCAUCGACCUUAUCAUCGAGACAAUUUAUCUCCCUACUCCUAUGUAUCAGCCUCAUCCCAGAGCCACGGCACUUUGCCAUCAAAAGGUUCAGAUCGGACUCCAGUCCCUUCCAGAACAUGGCACAACUCUCUUGGGUUGGUUCCAGGGCAUGUGGAGGCUUCUCCAACAUUUUCAGAUAAAGGAGUUGCCUUUCCUGUGCUCCAAAGGUUUCCAACCGAGGUCACGUACACACUGCAGCCCAGUGCCUCUCCUAUGCAUGUUCAGCAAGGGUCUCAAACAGUGGCCACUUCUCCUCCAAAAUACAGCAGCUACACAUCUUCAGUGCAGUACUCACAAGCCUACUAUCCAACAGCUGUACUGCAGUGUUGCUCACCAACUACCCACAUAGAUCCUCUGUCUGUCUGUGCUAGUCCUACAGCCUCAGCCUACACCCACUGCAACUUUUUCCAGAAUCCUCCAAUGCAGUCAUCUUACACAGUUGAAUUUCUGCCUUCUAACUGGCCAUGUAAUACAUCUGAUGAAAACAAGAAGACAGAAGUAAAUCUUGAAGCUGUGUUUCAGAUUGUUGAUGAAAUGCAUUCAUCACCCAAAGUUGACAUGGUAAAGGUGGAACCUGUGGAGAACCAGUGUUCAACCCCUCAGUCUAACAGAGGUCAACAACUGCUAGUUAAUACUGAGAGUAGUGAUCCACCUUCUUCAACUGAGGCUAGCCGAUUAGUGCCUCUUACGCCUGUAGGUUCAGACAUUACAUCGUUUGUGAUGGGAACAGAUCAAGCGAUAACUUGUUCUCUGUCACAGCCUUCUGAUUUUCUUUAUGCUAUCCAUACCACUGAGUCUGUAGAAAGUGUUGCUGCUCAAAUAGUGCAAGGAGCUGUGACCACACAGGAAGCACAUGCAAAACUGAAAGAACAACUGGAUCAUUCCCCAAAUCAGUCUUCAGUAAUACUUGUUCAGGAAGAACAGCCAUUCAGUGCACAGCAGGUGGAUCCUAGUGUUAAAUGUCCAUCCAGCAUGUCAGAUACAGUGGUCUCUUCAGAACAGAUAGGAUUCCUCACUUCAGGAGCCAGACCUGUGAACAGAUCUGUAAAAGACACAGUUUCAUCUGUACAAGCUAGAUGGAGGGAGAGAAGAAGCAAUUCACAGAAGGGCAAGUCCCCUGAUCUCCAUCUGCUGGUAGAUGUAGCUUGCAAGCAGGAGCACUUUCCAAAGGAAGAAAUAAGAGAGUGAGAAGUGGGUGACAAGUAUGUGAAAAUGUGCAGCAGCUGCCAGCUGGGUUCUCUUGUCAGACUCCAGAGGCAGUGCUUUGCACACAACAGGCACUUUGGAUCAUUUCAGCUGUGUUUUUUAAAAAAAAAAAUCUCUAUUUUUUUACUUUCACUUUAUCUUUGGGGGGAAUUAGUCAUUCCAUUAUUUACACCUAUUUCAUUACAUUUUCCACUUGACAAAUAAUAAACCAUCUAGUGAUCACAAUAUUUAAUAUAAAUAAUAACUUAGCUGCUCAUAUUCUUUAGAAAUGUGAAGUUUCUGAAAAUAAGAGGCCUUAAAAGCUUCCUCAAAACUUUCUUAUUGGGAAGCAGGUUGUUUUUAGUGCUGUAUUUGGAAUCUUUAUUUAACAUUGUUGGAAGCUACAGUAUAUUCAGCACAGAUGCCGUUUGGUGCUCUCACUGUCUCUGCUUGAAGUCAUACUGUGGCCCUUUAAUGGGAAUUGUGUAUGAAACAAAAGCAUAGGGAAGUCACAAGAUUCUAGGUCUGAAUGGGUCACGGAUUUCAGGAGAGCAGCUAUAGGAAAGAUGAGCUAAUUUUCUAAGUGAUUAACCAGGAAAUGCUCUUCCUUCCUAAAUGCAAUGCGCUCUUUCAGCAGCAAGCAUCUCCUUUCUGGUGGGUAUCCAUUACCUAUGAAAGCUGCUGAUCUUUUACAUUAAUGGAGAAUUCUCCUGUUUUAAUAAUUUCCUUUUGAUUCUA